AUGGCCGUUCUGACUAUUGAUCCUCCCGACCCGCUCAGUCUCGCUCUCUCGCCUCCAAAGGAUGAAUCGCCUGCUGAACGCUGGGCCCGCGAACAACGAGAAGCCCACGCACGUCUUAUCAGCGAACAGAUCGACGCUCAGAUCAAGGCUGAAAAGCAGAGUAAGAAGAAAAAUGGAAAGCCAAUCAAGAUACUCCUCCUCGGUCAAAGCGAGAGCGGAAAAUCAACCACUGUCAAAAACUUCCAACUUGCUUACGCGUAUUCAUCAUUCCGCGAAGAGCGAUCCGCCUGGAGAGCUGUCAUACACCUCAACUUGGUUCGUUCUGUGAACACAGUGUUAGAUAUCCUCGCCGAAGAAACAUCCCGGACCCGGUCGCGCUCACAAUCACAAUCACCUCAACCUCUUUCUCCACGCCCAAGUCCACGCCCGUCAACUUCUCAGGGACGUCCAAGUACAUCUUCAACGCAGAAGACAUCCUCUACCGGACGAACCCUUCUCCUCCCCCGCCCAUCUACCGCCCACGCCGAUACGUUGCCCACAUUCCUCAGGACACAGUCGAUGACCGUAGAAUCGAGUGCCGACUCUGAUAAUGAUGCGGAUGAUGAUGAUGGCGAUACGCCUGUCGCUUUUCCACUCACUGAGCGACACAAGGUCCUUCAGCUCCGUCUGACACCAUUACGGUAUGUGCAGCGGGAUCUUGAGCGCAGUCUAGGCUCUGCUUCGACGGAGGCGCCCGAGGGCGCCGGUGAUGCUGCACCGUGGUUGCGCCAAGAGGAAAGCCUCGGUCAUCGUCCGCGGGAAUUCUUCGUUACGAGUAGAAGCGGAUGGAAGGCUGCCUUGAGACGCGUGAAGUCUGGCUAUCGAAGGGCAUCACUGGGCUCUAGGGAUGAAGCGCGUGUAGAAACUGCAGAGGAGACAGCUUUGUCCAAGAAGCUUCAUAGCAGACGGCGGAGCCGUCCAACAUCUCCAUUCGGUAUGUCAAUGCAGGCAGAAGAUGAAGAGGCGCAGAAUGACGGGGAGGGAGAACCUCAAGCCCAGAGCGCGGCGGAAGUCAUCGCAUCUUGUGCAGAAGAUAUUGCUGCACUAUGGGCAGAUGCGGACGUGCAGGCCAUUCUUGCCCAUCGUAAUUCGAAAACACGCCUCGAGGAAGGCCCAGGUUUCUUUCUCAAUGACGUAGCUCGUGUGGCAGCGCGUGACUAUGAACCUUCGGACCAGGAUGUGGUGAGAGCACGUCUGCGCACAAUGGGUGUGCAGGAGUAUCGCUUUAGAUUCGAACGUGGUUCCGAGGCAGGACGCGAGUGGAUUAUUUACGACGUCGGCGGUGCGCGCUCUUCUCGCCAUGCGUGGUUUCCAUACUUUGACGACAUGAACGCCCUCAUCUUCCUGGCUCCAAUCAGUUGCUUCGAUGAACGACUGGCCGAGGAUCGUCGGGUCAACCGCCUUCAGGACAGCUUUCUCAUCUGGAAGGCCAUAUGCGGAUCGAAACUCCUACAGCAUGUACACUUUAUUCUGUUCUUGAACAAGUGCGAUUUGUUGCAGAAGAAGGUAUCUCGUGGCGUCCAAGUCGUGAAGUAUAUCCCAAGCUACGGAACCCGGCCGAAUGAAUCGGCUAGUGUGGCACGAUAUUUCAGCAGUCAGUUCAAAGACAUUUUCGUGAAGCAAUCUCCUCAGUCGAAACCGUUCUACUCAUAUAUGACGUCUGUGGUGGACACUAAAGCGACGGCAAUCACAGUUGCUGCAGUGCGAGACGGAAUUCAAAGGAACAAUAUGAAGGAGGCGGAGAUUAUGUAA